GAUUAAUUACAAUUAAUAUAAAUAAUUAGUAAUUUAUUAUUCCAAAACCAGUUUAAAAAAAUUGUAUUUAAUAAAACAACAUUUAAUAUGGUAGUAAUAUAAUAUCUUAUUAUAAUCAGUGAUUUUAAAAGUCACUUUUAAGUAUUCGUCUGACGUAUUCUGUCAAGGGUUAUCUUUCAUGGGUUAUUCAGCAUUGGCACACCACUUCAAUUUUUUUAAUACUUGGUCAUCAGAAUAAGUGUCAUCAUUUUCAUUACGAAUUUGGUUAUAAAUUAUUCUAAAUUUAUUAUUUAUUGUUUCUAAUAAUAUUUUUUAAAAUGUUUCGAAUAAUCAAAACUCGCAAUACGCUGCCAAUCAUUGUACAGAAAUGUUUUGUCAGCAGUGUGCCUAAACCUAUUGUGAAUCCCACAAUAAAAUAUACAGAGUUGUUUAUUAAUAACGAAUUCGUUAAGUCUUCAUCUGGAAAAACUUUUGAAACUCUUAAUCCUGCAACUGGUGAACCAAUAGCUCAAGUUCAAGAAGGAAAUAGUACUGAUGUUAACAACGCUGUUGAAGCUGCACAGGAAGCAUUCAAAUUAGGAAGUCCUUGGAGAACAAUAAAUGCUUCACAACGUGGAGUUCUUCUUAACAAAUUAGCUGAUUUGAUUGAUCGAGAUUCAGUUUAUUUAGCCAGUUUGGAAGCUUUGGAUAAUGGUAAACCUUUUAGUGUUGCUUUAUCUGAUGAUGUUCCAGUAUCUUCUAGUGUCUUACGUUAUUAUGCUGGUUGGGCAGAUAAAAAUCAUGGGAAAGUAACACCAAUUGAUGGAAAUUACUUUGCUUAUACAAGGCAUGAACCAGUUGGUGUGUGUGGUCAAAUUAUUCCAUGGAAUUUUCCAUUAUUGAUGUUAUCUUGGAAAAUUGGACCUGCAAUAGCCAUGGGUAAUUGUGUAGUGUUAAAGCCUGCUGAACAAACACCUUUGACAGCUUUACACAUUGCUAGUCUCAUCAAAGAAGCUGGAUUUCCACCUGGUGUUAUAAAUAUUGUUCCAGGUGAUGGCCCAACCACUGGAAAAGCAAUUGUUGAUCAUUUAGGAAUAGAUAAAGUUGCAUUUACUGGUUCUACUGAAGUUGGUAAAAUAAUUGCUGAAGGAGGAGCUAAAAGUAAUUUAAAACGAGUAACUCUUGAACUUGGUGGAAAAUCUCCUAAUAUUAUUUUUAGUGAUUCAGACAUUGAUCAAGCUGUACAAGGAGCUCAUUUUGGUUUAUUUUACAAUAUGGGUCAGUGUUGUUGUGCUGGUUCAAGGACAUUUGUUCAUGAGUCAAUUUAUGAAGAAUUUGUUGAAAAAAGUGCUAAACUUGCUGAAAAACGUUGUGUAGGUAAUCAAUUUGAUCCCGAGACAAAACAAGGUCCUCAAAUCGAUGAAGAACAAUUAAAUAAGAUUCUUAGUUUAAUUGAAAGUGGAAAACAACAAGGCGCUGAAUUAGUUACUGGUGGCUGUAGAGUUGGUAAUAAAGGUUACUUUGUAAAGCCAACUGUUUUUGCAAAUGUGAAAGAUGAUAUGAAGAUUGCUAAAGAAGAAAUUUUUGGUCCAGUGCAACAGUUAUUAAAAUUCAAAGAUAUUGAUGAAGUCAUACAAAGAGCAAAUAAUACUGAUUAUGGUUUGGCAGCUGCUGUAUUUUCAAAAAAUAUUGAUACUGUUAACAAAGUUAUUCAAAGUGUUAGAGCAGGAACUGUUUGGAUUAAUUGUUAUAAUGUAUUUGGUGUUCAAGCCCCAUUUGGAGGUUUUAAAAUGUCAGGUUAUGGGCGUGAAAUGGCUGAAUAUGGUCUACAACCAUAUACAGAAGUCAAAACUGUUAUAACAUCUAUACCAGAGAAGAAUAACUAAAAAAAUACGAUGAAUUUAACUAUCUCUUUUUAUUCAUAAAUAAUUUUUAUAUCUGUUUAUAUUUUUUUACAGUUUAUUUUUCAAAAAUUAUGUUUUUUAUUUCCAUUCCAUAGAGUGUUUAAAUACAUUUAAUUACUGUCAUAAUAAUGAUAUUAUUACUAACAUAGUAAUAUUAUAGUUUAAUCACAUGUUAAUAAGAAAUUAGAAGAUUAUGUCUAUUUAAUAUAAAACAAUAGUGAUUAACAGAUAUAACUAUAAGUAAUCUUUAUAGUAAUACAAUACUAGUGAAAUCUCAUUGUUGUACAAUACUUAAAUAAUUUAAAGAAAGUGUUAAAUAAUUAACUUUAAGUGUGUUGAAACAAAUCAAGUUGUGAUUAUAAAAUAACUAAAGAGUAAAAGUCUUUUGAAAUUAUUAAAAAAAACCUUAAAAAGUUUAUUAAGCUUUGAUUAUACGAAUUCAUACAUAAUUGGGAUUGAAUCUUUUUUUGUAAAUAGUUAAACUUUUAGUAACAUAAUAUAAAUUCUGAAUAAAUUUCAAAAUUGCUAAGAAAUAAUAUGCUUGCAUUUUAAACAAUUAUUGUUGGUUGAUAUAUAUUUUAGAUUUUAGAUUUUAAUUUGAUAAAUAGUUUAGCAAUGAUGGACUUCAUAUAACAAAAAUACAUUUUCUAACACUCGACACACUUGUGUGUCGAGUGUUAGAAAAUGUAUAAUUGUUGUUAAAAAAAAAUUAUAAUGUUAUAUUUUCAGAGUUUUAUAUUUCUCUCUGUUACGCCAGAAGAACUAAUUUAAAUUCUUAUUUAUUGAAAAUAUUAUUUUUUAAUAUUAAUUUUAGUCAUUAAAUUUGGAGUUAUUUAUUUAUUAUUUAAUUUUAAGGAUCACAUAUUAUACAUAUAUACACAUUUACACACUUAAUUAUCACAUAUACCACUUGUUUUGCUCAAGCGACGCCUCUCAUCUUCAAUGACUACAAUUCAUUCCAUAUUAACAGACUGGUCAGCCCUUGUAGUUACCUAGAACUAACUUAGAUUAAAAAUUAAAAGGCGUAGUAACCGCGUAAUAAUCCACCACUUAUUACCCAUGACCCAAACAAUCAUUUUAUUUUAUACAAAUUUACUGUAUUAAUUUAGGUUUUAGUUUAAUAGUACAACUAUUUAUGCCAUUUGUAAAAUUUGUUUCAUAUUAAAAGCAAAUUUUGAUACAAAAA